AGUAACAAUCUGAGCCGAGAUGGCUACACCCAUAUUCUCAAUACCGCACUCAUGGAGUCUCUGCGGCGCCUUACAAGCUCCGUAUUCGACGCGGGUCUUGUGCGUCGAGGCAGUCUCGGGGACGUGCGGCCUCCAGACGCUCGCUCUCUAGAGCUCACCUUCAUGACUGAGCGACUGAUGGUCGUGGGCGCGCCCUGCGACGGCCCCACCGACAAGAAGCGAAACAUGGUGAACGUGGACGACUUGGCACAGUACCUGGACACGCAACACCGCGGCCACUUUAUGCUGUUCAACCUCAACGCGCUAGAAGAUGCAGCAGCAGACGAUGGACGUCAGUCUGUGGCUGAUAAAUUGCACGAGCAGCUACUCGAGUUCAACUGGGAACGCGAUGGUAUGAAGGCGCAUACACCACCCUUAGAUCUUAUUUUUCGCAUCUGCUACGCUCUGGACGCGUGGCUCUCGCUGGAUCCACAGCAUGUAGCGCUCGUUAACUGCCAGACUGGCAAGACUCGCAGCGGCGUCGUGGUUGCCUGCUAUUUGCUGUUCGCCAGGCUCGCAGACGACCCGACCGACGCCUUUGUCGAAUUUUAUAGGAAACGUUGGGAUAUGAAGUCACUCACGCCGCAUGCGUUGAAGAAGAAGACGCCACCGUCUAUUCAGAGGUUUCUCACUGGGUUCCAUGAGCUUCUAGCGCAGCAGAAACCGCCCAAUGCCAAGCCAUUGCUGCUCAAGGCCGUGAUUUUUAGACAACUGCCGGUGGAACUGCAGCCCUGUGUACAGAUCUGGGACGACUACAAGCUGGUGUUUUGUACUGAUGAACUUCAGAUCGGAGAGAACGGGGAAGCUCCAGUACUGGACUGGAACGAGGAGGACGGAUUCUUUGCUAUUUUGUGGGAGAAUGGCAUCGAGUUGGACGGGGGAUUCUCGAUCUUGUGUUCGUUUGGAGAGGAUUAUGACAACGCAGACGAUGUGGACGCGUCCUCGAGAGUUUUAUUCAGAUACGCAGACUCGACGCUGUUUCUAGUGCCUGGACUGGUGACGCUUAAGAAACACGAUCUGGACCUGAUGAAGCAGUACGAACAUGGAUUCGAUGAAGAUCAGUUCUCGGUGGAUCUGGUGCUGCAUGAGAACAACAUUAAGAAGUCCCGAAAUUUGGUAAAAAUGGAUUAUACAGGGAACAAUGCGGUACGACAGGGCCUGAUAGAGAUUACCAAGCACCACGUCGUGUUACCGGACCCAGCAAUGCACUCGAAUUUUAUCCGCAUGGGCUUCUGCGAGACUCCGACUACGUUCGCACUGCAAUGCUCUCAGAAUGCUCCGAAUGUGGCGCUAGACCUGCUGCAUUCCAAGGGAUUGUCAGCUUGUUUUGCUCAAGAAACAGCGGAGUUGGCAGCUAAAACCGAACAAGAAGAAGAAGCGACUAAUAGCAAUCAGACUGCGGAUCCCCCUACCGAGAGCGACCAGCAACCGGCACUACGUCGGCAGACGACGGCGGAAAUUGUGGUCAUGCAGUCCCAGCGUUCACGGUAUUCGAUCCCUACAGCGGUGGACUCGUCGUUGUGCGAUACUUGCAAAGAAGACGACUACAUGAUGCGCCCACAGAUCGUCCGCUGUGCUGGGCGAUGCGGAAAGUAUUACCACACGACGUGUGUGGGGUUACGAAAAAUCCCAUUUGGAUUGACGACGAUGAGUGAUCGCACCAACCAUGCUGUGUACGUGAAGAAGUUCUUCAGUGCGUGGGAAUGUGACACCUGCGCUCCAAAGGCUCCGCUCCCAACAACAACUCUACCUGGUGGAGAGAUUCCGUCAAAUAUGAAGCUGGUACCUGCUUCCUGGGUUGGUGGAGAGCCGAGCAUCACAUCAGCGAACCCACAAGAUGUUACAGAUGCGGGCAAUACAAGAGAUUCAUCGAAUACAACCGCGACUCGGGACAAUCUAUUUGUCUCUGUAGAUGAACCUCGCUCGGAAGAGUUCCAUCAGCUGAAGGAGUUUCUAGCGACAAAUGGGUUAUCGAUUGAAGAUCUUAUGAAGGCAGCGACGAGUCCGGCUACCACGAGCGCUUCGGAGACUGUGUCUUUAGCGAGCACGCUGACAUCACCAACCUCUGCUGUUAUGCCGUCUGGUCCACCCAAGCUGGAUAUGAAGUCUGCAUUAUUUAGCGAGCUGAAGACGGCCAGUAAGUCUAGUGAUGUAAGCGAGACGCCGGCAGCAAGCAGUGGAGACAACAAGUACACGUUGAUGCUGAAGCGAGGAGUUCCUUUCGAGGCUGUACAAAACUGCAUGCGGAAGGACGGUGUUGAUCCCUCGACAUUGCAGCCGCUGGCUUCGAGCGAAGGCAGCACAGGUGAUGACAGCGUGAAUGAACCUUCUGGCGCUCAGAAAACACGGCUAAAGGACAUGGAAGAGUACGCCAAAUACUUCCGAAUGCUGCGGAUGGGAUGCCCGAAAGAAGCGGUGAAGCAGAAGCUAACCAUGGACGGGAUUGACCCGGUCAUUUUGGACUUUGGCCCUGAUGCGAUUUACGAAGAGGUGAAGGACAGUAUAGCUGCAACACAGAGCAUGCCAACGCUUCAAGAUGAUAUCAAAUGCGUGAAUCCACCUGCAACAGGAGACGUGAUAGCAGAAGUGUUGUUGAAAGAUCAUGAAGUGUACGCCAAAUACUUCAAGAUGUUGAAGAUGGGGCUGCCUGAGGGAGCAGUUCGUCAAAAAAUGAAGGUGGACGGUGUUGAUGAGCGUGCUCUAGAUCUAGGAGGUGAUGCACCUUUCUCCAAACUGCCAAAACCAGAGACAACAGAACCUGCCACCCCAGUGAACGAUGUGAAGCUGAAAGAUGAUUCGACGUAUGCCAAAUUCCUUAAGAUGCUGCAGGUGGGUUUGCCCGAAGGAGCUGUGCGCCAAAAGAUGAAGGCCGAAGGUCUUGACGAGCGUGCUCUGGAUCUGGGAGGUGAUGCGCUGGUGUCGGAGCUGACUACGAAGAAUGACGUCAAGCUUCAGGAUGACCCCGUGUACUCGAAAUAUUUCAAGAUGCUGAAGAUGGGGCUUCCUGAGGGUGCUGUAAGACACAAAAUGACGACUGAGAACAUUGAUGUGCGUGCGCUAGACCUAGGGCCUGAUGCUACUGUUUCGCAAUUGUCAUCUAGCGGGGGUGCUAAUGCAGCAAAAGCUGCAGUACCGAAACCCAAACGCGCUCGCAAGAAGCUGCACUGGCAACCGAUUUCCGAAGACCGACUGAGUAAUCUCAACCAGCAGACGAUUUGGGAAGACGAAGAUGACGACGUUGAUUUCGAUGUGGACAUGGAUGAGCUGGAAGCGCUCUUCUUCGCAAAUCAGAACACCAACAGUGCAAAGAAGAACUCGUUACGAGGACAGAGUAAAGCAUUGAAACGCAAACAGGCGGUGACGCUAAUUGACGGGAAACGUGCGAUGAAUGCAGCUAUUUCGCUGGCCCGAGUCAAGCUCUCGUACAGCGAGAUCGCUGAUGCAGUGACGAAGUUUGACCCAAGCGGACUGACUAUUGAGCAGCUCAUCGGAAUCAACGAAUUCCUGCCGACUUCCGAGGAGGCAGCAGUGGUUUCUGGAUAUACCGGAGAUAGGAAGAUGCUGGGCGAGGCGGAGAAAUUCAUUUUUGAGAUUGCGAAGGUCAAGCGAUAUGCACCACGAAUGGAAUGUUUGGUAUACAAGAUGUCCUUCACUUCGCGCAGUACCGAGCUCGCUGCUUCUGUUGCUCAUUUGCAAAAGGCAGGCGAAGAAGUGAAGGGUAGUCGACUAUUAAAGAUUCUGCUGGCUAUGGUGCUCAAGUUGGGCAAUACGCUGAAUGGAAGUGGUGAAGAGAAUGGAAUUAAGGGCUUCACUGUGGACUCAUUGUUACGGCUGGGCCACACCAAGGCUGUCAACCAGAAGACGACCGUGUUACACUAUUUAGUCCGACUCGUGAAGAAGAACCACCCGCAAGUCCUUGACUUCCAGGCGGAGCUGCGAAGCGUUCCUCUUGCGGCGCGUGAGUCUUUCGAGACGGUCGACGAAGAGUUCAAGAAACUGGAAAGGGGCCUGGCAAGUCUCAACACAGAACUGGGUUUGCUGGAAAAGGUUUGUAGCCAUAUUAGGGUAUGUUGUGCUGCUAUACUAACUCGAGUUAUUGUGUUUAAGCAGCAAGCAGUCGAGAGCUUAGGACUGGAGGUGACCGUCAAGGCAAUGCAGAAUGCUGCUUCAGAUAUUGAAGCUCAAAUGAAGACACUCGCCGAUGGGAUAGCUCGGGCAAGAGAAGAAGUUUCGAGUGUAUUGGACUACUUUGGUGAAGAUCCGAAGCGAAACCCGACGGAGUUCUUCACGACACUUGCCUCCUUCUGCUCGAUGUUCCAACGCGCGCGUAAUGAGGUGGUUGCUGCGGACGAGGCUGAACGCUUGAAGCUGCGUCGAUCGAACUCCAUGAGACCACAAACGAAGGCAAGUAACGGAGCACCUUUGAAGGUAUUACGUCCGAUUCUAGAGCGCUCACAAAGCACCAUAGAAAAGCGGCAUUCCGACGAUAACUAACUAAAGCAAGUUGUGCUGGUCAUUAUUAUACGUAACGUUACUAUGGAAAUGUUUGUUAGGGUGGCAAGUACGCACGUUCUGGCUCCUUGGUCUUCACCGCCAACCCAUCGGUCUCUGCUUGAUGCGCUUGGCCGACGCGACUCUCCUCGCUACUGGCGGUGCCGCCACAGAUCGACUCGAGGCCAGAACGCGUACUGCUCCUCCAACAGGGCUACACAAGACAACAGCAUGAAAAACAUGAGUCAUGGCAAUAUGAAACUAGGAAGGAGUGCGCAAUACUUGCAUCCGAGGUGUAGUAGCCGCAGCGGGCUCUCGAGAUGGCAGCGACGCAGUCGAAGUCCCGAUUGUUUCUAGUGACAAAUCGAACGAAACUUGCUUGGACGCCAUAGUGCUGUUGUCAGCAUCUGCUUCUGCCUCAGUAAGGUCGAUAAUGCCUCCAUCAUUGACACGUUGCUUCUUGAGGAUACUGCGAACUUUCUCGGACGUGGAUGAUCUCUUCCUUUUGCCUUGAGUCGGAAGGGAACGAUCUCUUGCUUUUGUCUUGAGUCCUGGAGCUGCAGCUCUUUGGUCUAAGGCCGACAGACUCAGUCGCCUUGAAAAGUUCGUGGGAGGAGAGAUCCCACUCGGUUUGCCGUUGAUCGAUAUCCUGAUCUCUGCAGUCUCGGGCGAAGACUCGUUGCCACGUAAAAUGUUUUCCGCGACAUUCUCAAUUCCAUUCAGCCCUUGGGCAUUGGCCAAUUUCUCCCUACAAUAAGUCAACGAGUUAGUCAUUUGGGAAUGAAUGGCAAGGAUCAAGUGCUCCAGCACGCCGAUCGGCUUACUUUCGAGCGAAUAAACUCCACCUUCGCGAAGAGAUUGGGGGAGGCAACUCUGGAGGUGAAGGGGUCCUCAUCUGCUGCAAAACUUUUCUGGCCUCUUCGCCCUUGGAUCUGCGACGAUGUUCCUCCUGUCGAUACUCUUCCAGUCGUCUCUCGUACUUCUUACGCAGUUCAAGUUCCGCUGUCAAUUUUUCUUGCAAAGCCUGGAUCUGAGAAACCUGAUUGGCAACCUGCAAGCACAGCUCUAACGUUAGUGCGCGAAGACUAAGGCAUGACGAAGAAAACCUUACCACUCCGUUCAGUCUCAAAAUCUCCGCGCGUUCAGUACGACGCGACUUGCCCAUCUGGAUGUGACUCACACGUGACGCAAACUUAAGAGAAUUGAUCGUCUCGUUCACGUCUGUACUUCUUGGACUCACGUGAACAAACAAUAGAGUGCGGUUGGCAUUGCCACUCAGCGAAUCCUGCAGUAAGUGCGUAAGCUUAGAGUUGCGGAACGGGAUAUGCUUCUCCUUCGCCAGUAACGCCGACAAGACGUCGCCCACAGCUGCGAGCGACUUGUUAAUAUGCUGCGACUCCCGUACGGUAAGUGCAGACGUAUCUGCCGUCUUUGACAGCCGUUCCGAGCCUGCCAAGUCCACGAGAACCAAUCUGCCUGUAUCUGUCUCUCCAUUGGCCUUACUGGUACGCAGAAUAUCAAUCAUCAAAACGGUGUGCGCCCGGUUGCUGCGGUCGUUCUUCUUAGUCUUACUGCGAGUAAUAGCGUCGUGGAAUUCCUUGGUACUUGGCGCAUCGAUCGUCUCCACAUUCUUCAAGUAAACUCCAUUCUCUCCAUGUCGGAUCUCCAGCGUAGACGAUGAGCUGCUCUGCUGGUUACCACACAUGCUGGUGGCACCGACGUGGCAGCCCAUACCGGCGCUCGUUGGUGAGCCUCUGUCCCCUGAAGUCGUCCCUGUAGUAGAAUUGCUGCUGUUCUGGGCCAAUAGAUCGUAGAUCUCUUCGUUGUAGAUCUCCACGAUCUGAAUACGCACCUUGAAAUCAUAGACGUGUUGCUGUUGCG